UCUUUAACUACAAGUAUUUCCCAAUUCCAUGAAAUAGUCCUCUCAUAGGAGCAUAUAGAGCAGAGCUGCAGUUAAAGGAUUUGUAUUUAUUUGUAUUUAAAGUAUUCUUUCUGCUCUCAUUUUCUAACUUUUAAGUGGGAGCAUAGUAGUGGCACGAGCAUGUGCCAGAUUGAAGCAGAAUAUGCCUUUGUGAAAUUGUUUUAGUGUUUACUACAUUUGUAAAUAUUUUGUCAGAUUUGUUCAUGAAAUAUUGAAGAACUGAUGCUCUGUAGUUUCAUUUCUGAGAGAUUCACAGAACUGCCGCUAGCGUUUCAGGGGUUCUGUUUUGAGCAUCGAUUGUAGAUUGAGGACAAGUUGUUCCACUUCAGACAUGUCAUCAAAGCAAACUGGGGCAGUUUAUGUGGAGGAAGAAAAUGGAAUGAAAUUUUUUGGUUUUGGUGGCAAGACUUAGGCUUUCAAAAAACUCAAACUAGUUUUCAAAUUUACGGUUUUAUCUAUUCUAUCCUCAUUACAUAACUGAUUCCCUCAACACUCUUCCAGAGUAUAUGGGAAGUUAUGCACAGCCAUUAUCUUCGUUUAUCUGCUCCAACUCAGCCGUUUAGGCAGAGGUACAGCAGGAGUCUUAGCUUAACAUAUGGUCUUGUGUGGGUUUCAGCCUUCUGUCUCACACACAUGCUGCAACCACAGUUCCUUUUUUAUUUUUCUGAAUUCACAGAAUUAGCAUUUUUCUAAAGUUCAUCCUUUGCUCAUUUUGUCCUUCAUGUUCUCUGACCAGCUUUUCCCCAGUUUUUAGCCACAUGGUUAUCCCGUGAAGUUACGUGGAAGAUCAUAAAGACCUGUCUCAGAUGUGCUAUGGAGCAUCUUUGGACUUAAUCUGCACACCUGUGCUGUUCCUCACCCCCUUGCCUUGGAGCAAGGCUGCUGUUGAGCUGGAAGUGCUAAUUUUUCCUUGUAUUCAGUCCCUAGAGUGUGGGUUCAGCAGUGGGCUGUGUGUGCCUCAAUCCGGAUUGUGUCACCUGCUCUGCGGGCCACAGGAUCACGGGAAGUAACAGAUGCGGGUGAAAGAUCCAUCAAGAACGAACUCCGAGAAGCCGAAGAGAAGCAAAAGGCCUAACAGGCCACAGGAUGAGGACUCUUCAGAUGAUAUUUCAGGCUUAACCUGCCAGCACGUGAGCCAAGCAGUGGAUUUGCAUCAUGUGAAGAAAGCAGUGGCUCAGAGCGUCUGGUCCAUAUGUGCAGAAUGUCUGAAGGAGAGGCGGAUGAGUGAUGGUGAGCCCACGGCACCUUCAGACAUAUGGCUGUGUCUCAAGUGUGGCUCUCAGGGAUGUAGUAAGAAUUCGGAAGGCCAGCAUUCUCUGAAACACUUCCAAACAGCACGCACAGAACCUCAUUGCAUCGUUAUCAACCUCAGCACAUGGAUCAUAUGGUGUUAUGAAUGUGAUGAAGAGCUGUCAACACAUUGCAACAAAAAGGUUCUGGCUCAGAUAGUUGACUUUCUUCAAAAACAUGGUGCCAGGGCUGAACCAAGUUCAUCAAAAAUCUUACGUCUUCGUGAAGAAAACAGUGAAACAAGUGAAAUACUAAAAGGAAAAAGUUCUGGCAAUGGUGCAUCAAUUCCAGUUAAAGGAAUAAAUAACUUAGGAAAUACUUGCUUUUUUAAUGCUGUCAUGCAGAACUUGGCACAGACUCAUGUACUAAAUGAACUGAUAUAUGAGAUGAAGGAGAAAGGAACAAAGUUAAAAAUCUGUCAUGCUUCAGACUCCCAAUUGGAUCCUUUGGUGGUAAACCUUUCCAGCCCGGGACCUUUGACUUCAGCGAUGUUCUUGUUCCUUCACAGUAUGAGGGAGGCUGGAAAAGGUCCCCUUUCUCCCAAAGUGCUGUUCAGCCAGCUUUGUCAAAAGUGCCAUUGGAUUUUUACUUGGCAGUCCAAAAAAUAUUUUCUUCAUGUUUUAAAGUUGCGGGACUCCUUGUUGCACUCCAGGGUUGUACCUGCCCUUCAUGUAAUGGCUCCUCGAUUUAAGGGAUUCCAGCAGCAGGACAGCCAGGAGCUUCUGCACUAUCUGUUGGACGCAAUCAGGAUUGAGGAGACAAAGCGUAUACAAACUGGUAUCUUAAAAGCAUUUAAUAACCCAACUACUAAGACGGCAGAUGAAGAAACUAGAAGAAAAGUCAAAGCAUAUGGAAGAGAGGGUGUGAAGAUGAACUUCAUAGAUAGGAUCUUUGUUGGUGAAUUGACUAGCACUGUCAUGUGUGAGGAAUGUGAAAAUAUUUCAACAGUAAAAGAACCUUUCAUUGAUCUUUCACUUCCUAUAAUAGAGGAGAGGGUUGCAAAACCUGUGCCUUUGGGAAGAACAGGUAAAGGUAAAAGUGUACAGGAGGCAGAUCUUGGUCAGUAUAACUGUUCUUCUAUCAGUACACUGAAUAAUCAACCCAAAAUUGUCAAGAAACACACUUUAACAAAAGAUAAGAACCAGUUGAACCAUGAGAGACGUCUUGCCAGAAAAGCUUCCUUGAAGGAAGAAGAAAGAAGUCCUGUUAUCAUGCAGGAAAAAAACAAAAAGCUUGAGCUGGAAGGUAGCUCUGGCGUCCUGUACUCCAAAGACACAACUGCUGACUCAGCUGUCAAUGGCAGUCAGACAGAGGGCAGUGAGAAGGAAGCCAGCCGCUCUGAAAGCAGCUUUGAUGCCGACAGUGAAGCCUCAGAAAGCGAAAGUGCUUCUAAGCAAACAACUUUGAGCCCAUCGAGCCACACAUCUGGUUUGCACGUCAACCACAUAAAUGUUAAAAUGCCACACAAAAUGCCAAAUGGCAGUAAUGAAGAGGUGAUUUCCAGUGCGAUAUCCAAACUUGGCUUCUGUGAUCCAAUAAAUGAAGAUAAAAAGUCAAGCCGUGGAGAUCCAGCAUUAGGUUUAUCAAAUAAUUCUGUGUUCUCAGUAGAUAAAUCUUCACUAUCCCAAACCCCUCAAAAUGCUUUCCAGACGCUUUCCCAAAGCUACAUAACUAGCUCAAAGGAAUGUUCUGUUCAGUCCUGCCUUUACCAAUUCACCUCUGUAGAGCUCUUAAUGGGUAACAACAAGCUUUUAUGUGAGAACUGCACAGAAAGGAAACAGAAGUAUCAGAAGAAAACCAACUCCACAGAAAAGAAAAUGGAAGGUGUCUACACAAAUGCUCGGAAACAGCUUCUGAUUUCUUCAGUUCCUGCUAUUCUUAUUCUCCACCUGAAAAGAUUCCACCAGGCUGGUUUGAGUCUACGGAAAGUAAACAGACAUGUGGAUUUCCCACUGAUUUUAGAUUUAGCACCAUUUUGUGCUGCAUCUUGCAAGAAUGUUACGGAUGGUGCAAGAGUGCUCUAUAGUCUUUAUGGAAUAGUGGAGCACAGUGGGUCAAUGAGAGGUGGUCACUACGCGGCGUACGUGAAAGUCAGGACAUCCUCCAAGAAAUUACUAGAGCAUAUUUCUACCACUAAAAAUGUUUUGGGUUUAAAAGAAGCCAUGGGAGCAUCAGGAGGACAGUGGGUGUAUGUUAGUGAUGCCCACGUUCAGAUGGUUCCAGAAUCGAGAGUACUCAGUGCACAAGCAUAUCUACUUUUUUAUGAAAGAUUAUUACUAUAAUUCUUAACAAUUUAAUUUCAAAGAUGGUAGUGGGUACUUAGUUUAUCUUAUUUAAAGCUGCAGUGGUAAGGACACCUGUAAAUAUUGUGCCUUUAUCUUGUAGAGAAUUUAUCAUCUGUUGGCUCUGAAGUUUAGUCAAGCUAUUAUAAAUAUCUAAAUGGUUCUCCUAAAGUAAGCACCUUGCCAAACAUUUAAAAUUCCUGAGUUCAUUAAAAUACAGUACCAUUAGAAUGUAAGAUUAUGUCCUAUCCUACUAGGUCUAGGGAAAGUUUGGUUUUGAUUAUGAAAAAGAUAAGCUUUCACCCAUAGUUCUGGAACAGCUGAGAAUAGAAAUGCUGAUAGUGUUAAGUGCCUGGAUUUGCUGGUGUACAGUAACAAUACAAAGUAUUUCAACUUUCUGUGAUCUAGUCCAGAUCCUUCCCAUCACUGGGUCGGAUGUCAGCUUGUUAAGAUUUCUGCAAACAAGAACCUGUCAAAUCAUGUCUCUUCUGUGUUUAGUAAUUGGAAAGCAGUGUCCUUCCAGAAUGGAGUAACAACAGCUGUCUGGGUAAUACUUCAGUGAACUUUCCAGAUAAGACCUGGGAAUAGAUUAUGAAAACGUGGCUUCUACAAAGUGACAGUGAAUCUUCAGAUACCUAGUACCCUUUCAGCUGUCUCCAACUGGCACUGGUAUAGCAAUGUACUCCUGUUUCAAUAUAAAUAUAUACUUGGUGUGCAUAUGUAUAUCCUCUGAGAUAUAUACACACGCCAAAAUCCAUCACUAUAUAUUCUCAUUCUACCUAGUAGGAAAGUGAUUUGCAAAUACUUCUGUAUUUAGUAAUUUUUCAACUUCAUAAUUAUGACAAUGCACAGCAUAUAAGCUUGUAUAUGUACAGAGUUUAAGCAUAACUUGGUAAAUUCUGUCACUUUUGGUUCCAAACAUGAAUUUGUUUAUCUGUUCCUGAAUACUUUUCUCACAGGAGGAAUAAACUAUAAAUUCUUUUUGCACUGUGUGUGUGAGUUGGACAGUAAAUUAUGACUUUUGCUCUCUGGACUUCCUUUUGUCAGCUGUGGGGGACAGCAGGUGUCCUAGUGGCAACUGUUUUUUGUAGAGUCCUGUAUUGUCCUGGUUUGAGUUGUUACUUCUUUUGGUAAUUUCUCAUUUCCGUCCCAGUGAGUAAUAGAUGCAUUUUAAGGUAAAGAACGGAUGACUACUGUGAAGUUAUGUGGUAAUUAACUUAUUUAAUAAGCACUUACUUAAAUACUAAUUACUUCUGUAACAUUUCCAUUCUGUCUGACUUGCUCUUUGGUAGAGAAAAAAAAAUGUUUAUUUCUGCUUACUGUUUUCAUUUAUGGAAAUGUGGGGGUUUUUGUGGGUGAGUUUGGGGUUUUUUUGUGGGGAAAAAAAACCACAAAAAACCCCAUGCCAUCCAUAUUACUAUCUCUGCCACGUGUUGUCAUACCUAUCUGCCUGACUCUCCUGUUCUCUAGUUCUGUUUCAGAGGUUCAUCCCACCUGCAUUCACUCUUUUGCAUAAGAAAAUGGCACAAUCUGCAAUAGCUGCAUUUGCUCAAACUGCUGAGGUAUAUUUUACAGUCACAUUACCUGCACAUUCCUGUGCAGGCACUAAGGAUUGUUAGGCCAUACAACUGAUUGUCAUAACAGAGUGAGCCCCCAGUUGCACAGGAUUUUAUUUUCCAAAGGAAAACUCCUCUGUUUAGAUCAAAAUUAGGCUAUGCAUUUUGGCUGAAAUGAUAAUUUUUUUCCUUCCACAAAUUAAAAUUGUUUCAGUCCACACAAAAGUAAUAAAACUCAGAGAAACCAAGCAGUCAGCUUUAGCCAUCUGUAUUCCUAACCACAUCUUAACCUGCACCUGCACUAAGUAAGUAAGAAAGAAAGAAAGAAAGAAA